GAGGACGCCCUUCCCCCUGUCAUUGAGGAUCGUCAGCUUCUCCGCAAACUUGUGCUGGUAGAUGGAGGGCAGAGACAUCUCCCCAGGUGUGAUGGAUCCUGAGCGGCUCAUCCCAUGCCCCUAUGAUAAAAACCACCAGAUCCGAGCCUCCAGGUUUCCCUACCACUUGGUCAAAUGUGGAGAGAAUAACAAGAAAAGAGCCAAAGAGCUGGCCACGUGCCCCUACAAUGCUCGCCACAGAGUCCCAAAGCGAGAGCUCCAGCUGCACAUCUCCACCUGCACAGACAACCAGGAACCAGAGCUGUUCAGUGGGACAUCAAUGACUUUCAGUCCCAAGAAGGAACUGAAAGAGACUCCAAGAUCCUGGCAGUGUCCCCCCUGCCAAGAGGACUGGGAGGCAGACGCAGAUGAGUCUGCUGCCACUUCUCCUUUUGUUCUUGGCUUCAAGGCAAACUGUACCUUAAGCACAAGUCAGAGUGUUGGUGAGACAGGCCAGGAUGGAAACCAGCAAAUGCAGGCUGUGAGCACCUCAGCAGCAGCAUGGACUCCGAAGGGUCACUCCUGGAGAAAUGACAUGGAGUAUGAGUCCUCUCAGCUGUAUCAUCACAAUGGGAGUUCACGAGCUGCUUCUUUUCGUCUUAAGACCUGUAAAUCCUCUUCAGCCAGUGCUCUCCAGGAUCCAGUCCCCCAUUCGCUAGUUGCAACCCUGCAGAGGCUCUCACUUUUGGAUGAUGGUGUCCAAACUGUGCUAAAGCCUCUUACAGACAUCACCACCCAGCGACUGAAGCGCUGCUCUAAGGGGAGAGCCUGGCUGAAAGGGCAGCCAGCCAGCCAGAGAGAUCCUCAGCAUUGUCUUUUGCAGCAUGAAGAAGGAAAGAGAAUGGAAGUUGUGGAAGAUAUUGAUAAGUUCCGGGAGCCAAUCCCCAGCCUGGAGGCCAUCUACCUGCUCAGCCUUGUGGAGAAGAUAGGAGCUCGGGCCUGGAGUAGUUGGAUGGGGAGCUGGGGAGACCCUGGGGUAGCUCCUAGUGCUGCCUGGAGGUGGCGCUGCCCAGGAGGGAUGCACAGCACAAUGUCAGGAUGGGAAAGGGGCCAGUAGGGGCUCCCCAAAAGGCUGCUUCCCCGGAGCUGGGCUUCGUGUUCUUUGCCACGUGAAGCACAGACUGUCCCCCAGACCUCUCCGCAGUGCAGUCCCAUGGGGGUUGGAUGGGAAGGUGCAGCAGGCGGAGAGAGGCGACGUCAGCUGAGACUGAAAGCAAAGGAGAAUCGCUGAGGCAGGC